CUUGACUAUCUCAUAUAAUGUAAUGCUCACUGACAUUUAAAGCAGGUACUCCUACUUGUUUAGUUACCGAUGUGUUAUGUUUCCAAGUUGAACCUACUUGGUUUGUCCAUGCAAUUCUGUUUUUGAAGUAUAAGUAUCAGCGGGAGGGCCUAACUCAAAUGACAUGUCAAACGAACUCUGAUUGGGGCGAAGUUCUGGCAGCAACUUCCUAACUAAUGGGGCUAGAUGCUGUCCAGUUUAUUCUAUAAUCCGAGGUCUGUAAGUUUUGUUUUGAGCAUGGUUUGUGUACUAUAAGUUCAUGGUUUUUACUUGCAGGAUUAUUUUUUCAUGAGCUGAACUUUCUACACACAAUAUGCUUGAUCUUUUUUAAAAAAAACUCCCAAGUUUAAACCCAUUUACUAACUAUGACAAGUUUAAACUCAUAUACUCAAUGUGUAUAUGUUUGCUUCUUAAGCUUUCACUCUUUUUUUACUCCAUCUACAUUCAAUUGUAGCAAACUAGUUACACCUCCCUAUUACAAUAAACGUUUCCCAUCCAAAGUCUUGAUUUUAGUUGCCAUUUUCAGGGUUACAAUGAAACAAGCUACAAAGCUAACAAUAACUAUUGUGUCAUUCUUAGGAGUAAAACUCCAACACAGUUUGUCUUUUUGCCCUGUGUACUGCCCUUCCACAAUUGGUUACAAAGUCAUCAAGCUUCCAGAAUGCAUGCCUCUGUGGAUAGAGCCUCAAUGUUCAGUUCAACAUCAUCAUCUUUGACAUCAUUCCCUCGCUUUAUAAUUUCAAACAACUAGUUUGUCUUCUCAUCAGGUAAAUUCUAUAAACUCAACACCCUAGAUUGAAGUUUACGUUUUUCCUUCAUACUAAUCUCCCUCUUGGUUGGAUCUCUAGCACUCAACUUUUGCUCUUUCCCACUUGCAACUAUCUCUAGAAUCAGUGGCUCCAUAUGAGACUGUGGACGGAUUUGAGGCCGUGGAAAUGAAUAUGUUGAUGCAGUGGAUUAGAUUUGCAUAUGUCUCACCUCUUUAAACCUGCGGUCCUGGAGACUGGAGUAGUGACAAAGAAUAACAAGAUCCACUCGCCAAGCUGUUAUACUCACGCCUGGAUUUCGAGGAAAAAGAGCUCGCCAUUUUUUUGGGAUAGAAGCUUGCUAGGGUUUUUCUUCUCCAGUGGUUCUUAAAGCUUCAUUCAUCUGCAGAAAAUCAAAAGCAAAGAGAUAAGUGAUCAUAUAGAUUUAUUUAAAGACAAUAAAGACCCUUAAAAAACAACUUUUUAUUCAUUAAAGGUCAGGAGGCAUCGGGUAAGUGACCGGAGGACCAAAAGUGUCUGAGAGUAUAAUAGUCAUGCACCUAAAAUGAGACUUUUCAAAGAAGAGGACUAAGCAUGAGACUUAAGUAACAACUCUAACAAGAGAGUUUCCGCUGUUUAGGUCUAAAGAGGCGUAAAACCUAGUUCAGCACAUGGGGUGAGUAGUGAGUACGAAGGCGGCGGAGAUGAGUAGCGCCGCCCCAUUCCUUCCAAUAGAAAUCAUCGCCGACGUUCUCAAGCGGCUUCCGGUGAAAUCCCUAAUCCGAUUCCAAACUGUGUGCAAACUCUGGAAGAAUGUCAUCAAGAGCCCAUCUUUCAUCGCCAACCACCUCGACCACUCCGACCGAGUAAAUCUCUCUCUUAUUUCCAGGGGUAGGCACACCACCGUCUCCGGUACCUCGAUUCUAUAUUUUCUCGACCGCGACAUGCAACUCUGCCGAUUUCAGAACAAUCCUUUUAUCGAUUCGCUCAAGCACGCUAGCAUCGUCGACUCCUCCAACGGCUUGCUCUGUGUUCUGACUGGGCUGCCUGGUACUUUACUGUCUAUUUACGUGUGUAAUCCUGCGAUUAGGGAGGUUAUAGAGGUGCCUAGAAGCCCAAGCAUGGAUUUACCUUAUAUUCCCUUUUUAGGCUUUGCAUUCAGUCCAACUGUUAAUGACUACAAAAUUGUCAUACCCUAUGUGCCGCGGGGUAACCACAAAUAUGCAUUUGAAGCUUAUUCAGUAACCACAAAUUCGUGGAAGAAUAUAGGAAUGGGUAGCUUAAAGGUCACAUCUCAUCCCUUUGGUUAUAUUACUUUUAAUGGGUCUAUGUUUUGGUUUACAUCACAGAGAGGUUUGGCAUCUCAUGAAUGUACUGAGGUCAUACUUUCGUUGCGUUUAGCAAUGGACGAGUUUACAUUGAUUCCACUGCCUCCUUUGUCCAGGAAGGAUGAAAUUGUGAAACUGACAGCGUAUAAGAACAGGCUUGCCGUAUUUCAUUGCUCUCGUUGUUUAAACAGAGAAAAUAUUUUGAUCGAUUUGUGGGUGAUUGAGGAAGGCAUUGGUUUUUCUUGGAGCAAAAUAUUGACUUGUGGCCCUUAUGGCCCUUAUCCAGGCAUUGUAGCACCAUUGACCAUUUGGAUGAACCAAAUUGUCUGCGAUGUGUUUGUUACAUCACAGGAGGGCAAUACGUAUAAGAUUGAUGGUGCUGGUAGUUUUUUGUUUGAUCCCACUUCUAACGAAGUCAAGGUCCUUUAUUCAGGCAGAGAUGGCAUACUUGAUAGUGUUUUUACGUAUUCUGAAAGCCUUGUACCCAUUAGCAUUGAUUUUAAAGUGUAGUCAUUGUUGAAUUAUUAUAAUGCAUUGCAGAUUGUAUUGGAUCUUUUUAGACAAUGAGAACUUAAUUGUUUGUUACUUGAUGUGAUUACAUUUGCACAUUUUUUUACAUGUUGUAAACACUUCGUAUGUUAUAAGUCUAUGCAAAUGUACUGUUUCCUAAUUUAGGUUCUGGCAACUUUUUUUAUAUCCAUGUAAUUUGUAUUGUUUCUUUUAAUCUCAUGCCAA